GUCUUUGUGAGAGUGUUUGGUUUUGUUGCAGCAAUGGCAUGAUUAUGAAUGAGCAGCGACCACCAAAUUUGAUUCCCAAAAACCUACGAAAGGCAGAAGAUGUCGCUUUCCCACCGCAUCUAUUCAUUCCAUCAAUCCCCACCACCCAUAUGAAUGUGAAUGACCCCCCUUGCUACUAUUCUCAUCUUUUCUAUUACUCCGUUACCGUUGUUAAUUACUACCUUAUAUUUCCUCAUUCCUUUUUUCCCUUCUCCUUAAUUAUAUUAUUAAUUCAUUAUCAUUACUUUGAGGGAUGCUCUUCUUUUUUCUCCUCUAAUUAAAUAACAAGAGAAGAAUCAUCUAAUUGUGGGGGGAGUUUUGAUUUAAAGCGGAAAUGACUGGCACUGGAACAGCAACUGUGGGGGCAGAAAGCUUUUUCCCUCCUCUUCGGCUUCAAACGACGUCGCAUAUUCCCAAGCUAGGGUUCUUAAAGCUCAACCGCUCUCUCAUCAGCCUCAGAUCCCUCCAAAUCAAAGCCUCCGACAGCUCCAAUCAGCUGCGCCUCAAUGUCGCUCACGACCUCACUCUCUCCAACUCCAAUGGCAAUAGCAAUGGCAAUGCCACCGGAUCCGGGACAACGAACCUGAAGCAUUUAUCUACAAUUGGAAACUCUACAAAUAUUCAAUGGCACAGCUGUUCCGUCCAAAAAGAUGAUAGGCACAGUUUACUCCAUCAAAAAGGAUGUGUCAUAUGGAUCACUGGUCUUAGUGGCUCUGGGAAAAGCACCAUAGCUUGUGCUUUGAGUCGAAUCUUGCAUCAGAGGGGCAAGUUGACUUAUGUUCUUGAUGGGGACAACAUUCGUCAUGGCUUGAAUAAAGACCUUGGAUUUAAAGCUCAAGACCGUGCAGAGAAUAUCAGGAGAAUUGGUGAGGUAGCAAAGCUAUUUGCAGAUGCUGGAGUUAUUUGCAUUGCAAGCUUGAUUUCUCCGUAUAGAAGAGAUCGAGAUGCCUGCCGAUCAAUGUUGCCAAAUGGAGAUUUUAUUGAGGUUUUCAUGGAUGUGCCAUUACAUGUUUGCGAAGCAAGAGACCCCAAGGGCCUUUACAAGCUUGCGCGUGCUGGCAAGAUCAAAGGCUUUACAGGGAUUGACGAUCCUUACGAGACACCGAUUCAUUCUGAGAUAGUGCUGAAACAUGGAGAGCCAUGCGCUUCCCCUGUUGAGAUGGCAGAAAAAAUAGUCGUAUACUUGGAGAACAAAGGGUACCUACAUGCAUAAUAUGGCGGUGCUCCUAUCUUCAUUCUUCAGCCACCGAAAAUUUGACUGUAUACUUUCUUUAGUUUCUUAAACACCAGCUACUGCAGCGUUGAAGUGAUCAAUUACCUAAUGCUACCAUCUACUUUGUCUCCUCUCUCUCAAGAGUUUAAGCCUGUAGGUUUUUAUUGUAAAUAUAGUAUGAAAUUUGAUGGAUUUAUACUUUCUAAUUUCUAUACCUACAAGCCUACAACCC